AUGAGGCCUGAAGGAGGCAAGGCCCAGGGGCGGUGGCGUGACAGGCGUGUAGGGAGGGACCUGGCUGAAGCCCGUAAAGGGCGAUGCGCGAGGGCCUUGUCGGGACCAGAGGCCCUCGCGCCGCACUUCCGGCCCCGCUCCAAUCCUUGGUGGCCGGGAUCUCCUGAGGGUCUCCUAGACAACCUGAGUGAGCUUCCCGCCGCGCACCGGCUCUGGGCCGCCACCGGCUGCCCCACCCUCAGGAUGUGUUACCUAAGUACGCGGUCACCAUCGCCGUCACAGGCAGCCUCAACCCCACCCCCGCAGCUCGUGUCCCUCCGGCCUUCCUCCCCCGCACCUGCCCGCACGCUCCCGGGGCCGCAGGUGCGGAAGACCGCGAAAUUUCACGCCCGCGGAGACCGCCAGCUCCUGUAUCAGGAGCUGAGGGCAUCCAUGCCACAAUGCAGGCUUCCCUGGGGUGCCGAAAGGGAGUAUGGUGGCAUUAUUCCAGUUGCUCUUCCUGAAGAACACAGGCCAAAAUGCGAGCCUCCCCGCGUCAUGGGCAAAGGACACCAGCAUUAUGGAUUUGGUGGAGAGAUCUGGCCAAAAAAGCUUCCUAUUGAACAGUUCUUACUAUUUGACACCAACAAGAAAAGUGAUGUCUAUGGAAACGAUUCUUUGUUACCCAAACCACCUAACUCAGCAGUAGGAGAAAUCUGCUCAAUGUAUCCAGUUGAACAUCCCUACCAUACACACAUAAGCCGCGGCGCCAUGUUUCCGACCUUCACAUCACCUAAGGACCUCUACAACGGCAUCAGAGCCCGCAACCAGCAGCCGUUUCCUCCUACAGCGCCAACCAAGGCCUACGAUACAACGGUUCUGAAGACAAGAGGUAACCCUUACAGAUAUGAACUGCUUGAUUUUCCCAUGGAUUCAAGAAAAAAGCAUUGACUUGGCCAGGUCAGGGGUGUAUAUUAUGAUUUUCCUAAAUGUGUUGAGAAAAACAAGCCAGUAUUCUACCCAAAACCUCCUAAAACCUUUGCUCCUAACACGUCUUUGAAUCCAUGGGAUGCUGUGAACUCUGCAAAGGAAGCCAAUAUACAAAGAAAUCUUGAGAGGUCCCACUGGAUCACUUCAUAUAAUAAUGAUUUUACAGGUCUAGGGCCCAUGAGCCCCCUUGAGCUGGAUGAUUACCAUGAAAAGGAGGUAGCAGAGCUAACUGGACAGAUAGGAUUUGACCCACAGCCUCAAGAAAAAUUCCAUCCUGCCUUAAAACCUCCCAGACCUUUGGAAGGUCGGAUUGCCCGACUUAUUCAGAACCAACGACCCCUGGAGGCUCUGGUGCAAGGCCCACCUUCCUGUCCAGAUUGUACCCCGAGAGCUCUGUGUGCUUUCCAUACAUUCAUACCCAGUUCUACAGAAAUGAUGGCAAUGAAUGAUAACCUCCUGCCUGGAAUUACCCAUAAAAACCAGGAUAUCGAAGAGAAGAUUAAGGAAGAACAAGGCUUGAUGUCUACCUAUACACUCCCAACGUGUUAUCCAACAAAAGAUCUAACUAAUCUUUAUGACCUAAAAUCAUUUCCAAAGAUCACAGACACCAAAAAGACAGACGACUUGUACUUGAGACAGCUGGCGGUGAAAAGCUUACCCAUAACCUACUCUAAGUCAAACCAUUACAUUGACUACGAACCACUUAAAUCUGCCUUCCGUGACCCAUAUUCCAUGUGCCAGAACCCUGUUCGCCUCAGUAAGUCUAAUAUUCUACAUACCAGAACAGAUAUGGAUGAUUUCACUUUUGACCACUUUUUAAGUAAACCAGAAUUUUUGGACAUGGACAUGGAAAGCAAUGAAGAAACAAGACCUAUUUGGGCGUGGAUUCCUAGAGCUGGAGUGCCCAAGCCUCAGACCAACCUGCUAGACCUUAGGAACUCCUUUUCAAAGUCCAUGGCACAGAAGCGUUUGCAUGAUUCCAUCCAAGAAGAACAGAAGGACCUCAGGGAUAAGAUACACUCCGGGAUGAGACAUCAGUUCUAUGGCCACAAUAGCCAUUAUUUCUAUAAUUGAGAUAUUCCCUCCUCCCUUCAAAACCAAGCCUCUUGCAAGAAAAUAAACUAUGUCACAGAGUGCCCUGCAUUUGGCUGGAUUCUGUUUCUGUAUUGAGCCAUAAUGACAUUAAUGAGGUUUGUGUUUUUAAGAAUUUAAGUUAGGAUCUGGUCAGAGGGACCAAAAUAAUGUCCUGACUUUUCAAACCUUUUAACAGUUUGCCAACAAAAUAUCAGAGCCAGAAAAAAAAAUUAGUCUUUAGUCUCAUCUUCAAAUUAUACUCUGAAGAAGUUUUCCAAAAUCAGGAAGGUCAAUGUGUAGACAAAAUUUACAUCAUCAUUUUGCGAGAAAUGAAAAGCUGAAAAAAAUCAAAUAUUGAAGAUUUGACAGACAACUAUAGAAUGUAUCAUGCCUUAAUAAAAUUAAUAUGUCAACAAUC